UGAUCGAAAACCAAGGCUACAAAGUAAUCGCAGGUCCAAGAUGUUUCGCCGCAUUCUCUCCGUCCUUGCCGUGUCCGGCUCCCUAGCCCAGGCUUCCACGGGUACUGUUUACUCCUUCAAGACCGAGGGCGCAUGCUCGACACUAUCAGGGAGUGGAGGUUCAAUCCCACAAUCUCUCCCGACCUCUAGGACGACGAGCACAGUAUCAUCGACAAUCACGAGCUCGGAGGUGACUGUUGCGUCGGUUGUCAAGGUCACGGUCGAACCUGUUACGACGACGUUACUUACUUCGCUUUCUGUUGUCUACGGCAUCUCUACGACAACACUCCCCACUGCCACUUCAUGGCAAAUAGCUCAGUCCACCGUCGCCACCGCAACUUGGCCAAAGACAGUGUGUACCAACGAUGUCACCCCCUCAACCGUGACAGAGUACAGCGGUAGCUACACGCCCAUACCUGGCCAGGUUACCACAAUCCCGACCUCUUAUCCAUCUCAGGUGGUAUGCGCUACCGGGGUAACAUGGUUCGUCAUGCUGCAGCCCACAGCAACGUCUGGAGUCACCACCGAGACCGUUACCCCGACAAGCACGAUACGAGCUAUCACCACGACUACCACAUCGACGUACUUCUACAACGCCACGGUUUGGGCAACGACUCUCACGAGCACCACAACCUCAUACCGGAUGGCCACCAGCGUCGCUACCAUCAGCACCGCCUGCGAGGCCACAACCACGACUACAUACGCAGCCAAGUGCGCACCGACGAACGUGAUCGCCGGCGUCGACGACCACGGGCUCGUAUCUGGCAAGUACGCGCAGAACAACACGGUAAUCUACAUUCCGGAUGAGAAGUACAACGACCCAAGCACCUGCUGCCAGCUGUGCCAGGACAACAAGGGAUGCGCCGGUAUGAUGGCAGGACCCUCUGGUUUCUGCGGUCUACUCUACGUCGGCGCCGCCGAGGGAGGUCCCGCGUGCGAUUUCGUGUUCUCGUACCAGACUCAGUCUAAUGUCUUCCCUCUACAAGGCCUUUGGGUGCAGUCGGGUUGUGGAGAGAUUGAUUAUACUGGACCUGAUGGAGUAUGAAGCUCGAGUUUGAUGCUGUAUUGCGUUUGAGGAUGUCUC